UAUUGUUUAGAAAAGGGGAAACUCGGUUAACAGUUUAAACUCAUUUGAAUCGGCGCUCUACUACGUGUAUCAGAUCACCACCUCUUGUACCACCUUCCAUAUUCCCAUAGCUGGCACCCCUUAAGGUCUUAUAAUCUCCAGGACUUGUUUUAUAUGGUAUUUCCCCUAGGUUUCAGUUCUUACCCCAGCACCACUUGAUUCAUAUAUUUCGCCAUACACAAAAGGCUGCAACUCCAGUCCCAACUCCUAUCUCCUGUCAUUCACAACAUGAAUCCCCAGUUGAUACGGUUCACUCGACUGGUCUUGUCGCUAGUGUAUCUAAUACUCAUCAUCUUAUCUAUACCGUUGGCGUUUGACGUGGGCGGCAUAGACUGUGGUCUUACGUUUUCCUUCACCAUCUGCGUGCUAUACUUUGUGUUGGCCACCGCCAGGCUGUUGACCCGCAAGAACAAGUAUCUUCGGUGGGUGUCGGUGUUUUACUAUUUCCAGUACAUCGCCAUACCUUCAAUAUUGACCCUAUUUUUAUCAUACUAUAGUGGGAAAACAAAGCCUCGAAAGUUCUACGUGGUGGAACUAUGGACCAUAUUUAUCGUCAACUCCACCCCGAUUUUCACCAUCUUGGAAGGGUUCUGUUCGCUUUUGUCAAUUCAAGCCAUAGGCCAAACUGUCAGUUGGUUAACCGCGUAUAAGUCUGACAGUUGGUUAAUUGUGUCAUUGAUAGCUAGUGGCUCUACCAUCACCGGUGGGUUGUACUUUUUGUACAGAAUCUACGUGCUCCCCAUCACCAUCGAUUUGGUGGGAUCGUCUUUACUUGGGUCUUUGCUCACUUUGACAUUUGGACUUGGAUUAUUUGGAAUAGUUUCUGGAAAAGGCUCCAUCAUCGAGUCAUCCUUAUUAUUUGCCUACAUUGUCAGGUGCAUUUACGAAACGUUUCCUCAGUUGAGAGAUAACGCCAAUCAGGCCAUAACCGAUAUAUUCACUAACACGCGCUUGCUAGUGGAAAUCCCAAUGUUAUCUCCACACCUUUCCAAUACGAUCCUGACGAUUCUUCCGUUUUUGGCGGCAAACGUACCGGCUUCUUUCAGAACCAUGUAUGAGUUCUUGAAUGUCUCGAUUACAAAGCUCCCAAUACCUGUGCUAUUCAACUUUUCGUACAGAAUAACUCUGUUUUUCGCCGCUACCAAAAUUAUACCGGCCUUGUACCAUUCUACGUUGUAUCCAUCUGCCUCCCCCCCAAGAACUCCAUCUUUGGUGAGGUCAAGAGAAACGUCCACUGCUUCCAUAACGAGUAUGUCCCUUUCAAGAUCGGAAUCGAACAAUUCCCAGGCUUCGAUACAUUCUACCAGAAAUAUGAGACAACAAUUCUCGUCUGAUAAACCACCUUCCACGAUUGUAAGAUUAAUCUAUUCAUACUCCCCAUGUAUUAUUAUUCCGGUUUAUACCCAUUUAUUGAUGCUGUAUCAUGGUGAAUUAGCUACGCACUUGAAGUUUUGGGAUGUGUUUGGCUCCGGCGGUAGUAGCAUAGUCCAGCUACCAAUCCAUCCAGUUAAAUUCUGGAACUGGGUUAAUAUGGGUACUACCUUACUCCUCUAUUUAUUGGAGCUAAUGGGAAGUAACAACCAUAUUGACGGAAACAACGCAUUAACUAACCAUUGGAAAGUCGAUUAGUCAAAAUCAUCAUAUACUUACUCCAGAUUUUAUUGUACAAUAACAGUUUUCUUCAAUUCUUAAUCACCUUUAGUUUUAUAGUUACAUAAUUAAGAUGUUUGACUCUCGAUAUUCAAUAUUAAAAGGUUCAUAAGUAAAUCAGAAUAAUGCAACUCUCGUCCCCGAUACGAAACCAGUCAUCUUUCCAGACAGUGAAACGAUCUCUGAGCUUGACUCUAUGUUUGCUUGAUAUUUCAUCAUAAAAACACUCACAACAACCUCUUAAUUUCAAAAUAUAAAGUAGUUCAAAAACACAUAAAACCUGGCACAUUUGACUGUGCACAUCUCGAUGGCGUGGACCACCAGAUUCAGGCUUUGAUAAAGGGAGACAUCCAUGGACCAAGAGUGAGCUCCAUUGAGUUAGCUAAACAAUUAUAGCCAAUUGUCAUAACUAUCGUCUAGAAUACACAAUUCCAUUACCGAAUAUUUUGUCAUUAUGACAAGCCACAAGAAGAAUGUCCACACGACUUGGUACCCUGGAACAUGACGCAAACAAACACAAUAUCAAGAUCCACGAAGGGAUCCAUCAAGUACUAGUAAGCCAGUUUCAUAGGAACCUACAAACAUCAUGGUUCUAAGCUAAUUAUGGCCCACCAAACGAACUGAUUGGUUCGCUACGUCUCCGCAUAGACGGUAGGAGACUUUCCCCAAAGCAUUAUGGAGCCACUAACGGGCCUUUUGAUAGCUUCGAAAACAAUUCUUUGUCCAUGAACGUAAAGAGAAG